UGAUAAUGGCGACGAUGCAGUUGUUUUCGGCUGGACGGUCAGCUGCUGUCCAUGCGAGACAGGCUUUAAGGACUGCCUGUGCUGUUCCAGUUCGCCUCAGUUCUCAGUCACACUGGAAACAAGUGGCCCCAGAUGAUCCAAGUCUGGAAUGGUCUAGCAUAAGUGACCGGGCAUCAGUGACUAUCUUCUGGAGAGAACUGUUCAGAGGGUUGGGGAUAACAUUGGGGAUGAUAUUUAAGGAGCCUGCCACAAUUAACUACCCCUUUGAGAAGGGUCCCCUAAGUCCCAGGUUCCGAGGAGAGCACGCAUUAAGGAGGUACCCAUCAGGAGAGGAGCGAUGCAUAGCCUGUAAACUGUGUGAAGCUAUUUGUCCUGCCCAGGCUAUCACAAUAGAAGCGGAAUCUCGUGCGGAUGGGAGUCGAAGGACAACUCGCUAUGAUAUAGACAUGACAAAGUGCAUAUACUGUGGGUUCUGUCAGGAAGCUUGUCCAGUGGAUGCUAUUGUUGAGGGUCCGAAUUUUGAAUUUUCAACAGAAACUCAUGAAGAGCUCCUGUACAAUAAAGAAAAGUUGCUAACGAAUGGAGACAGGUGGGAGGCAGAGAUUGCUGCUAACCUACAGGCAGAUUACUUGUACAGAUAAUGUCGGGCUGAAGGUUUGAGUAACCCCAGGGAUAAGAACAGUGCUAAGAUGUUAGGGCAUCUGUCCACAGUGAUCAUUAGUUAAUGGACAUAAAGUGACUUCUCGUCUUUGUUUUGAUCGACACGUAUAUGCUUCCAGAUCUGCAGUACAUGAAAUACAAGCAGGGCAAACUGCCAACUGUAGCAGUGUGUGUGUGAGGCAUGUGGCCAUUCUUGUAAGUCACAGUCUGCCUGUAUGUUUGUUACAUAUCUGUACUGUUUUUGUGUGAAGGUAUGUCAACUGAAACACUGAGAUAU